ACUGACUGUGUUCAGUCGGGAUAGCUGCAGUUAAAGUGAAGGAAUGGAGAUAAUCUUCAGUGUUCUCGGCUUGGAGUGGGUAGAUGGCAGAAGUUUAUUAAUAUUUUUCUGUGUCUUCCUGCUGUUGGCUGAUGUUUUGAAGAACAGAGUGCCAAAAAACUUCCCUCCUGGACCAUGGGCUCUACCCUUCAUUGGUGAUCUUCAUCGCAUCCAACCUGGAAGACUUCAUCUGCAGUUCAUAGAGUUUGUAGAGAAAUAUGGAAACAUUUUCAGCCUUCGUCUCUUUGGUGGAAGGCUUGUUGUCAUCAAUGGCUACAAGCAUGUGAAAGAAGCCCUGGUCCAACAAGGAGAAGACUAUGUAGAUCGUCCUACCGUGCCGUUGUUCAAUGAAUUGUUUGGGGACAAAGGCAUUGUUUUCUCAAAUGGUAAUCCAUGGAAGCAGCAGAGGAGAUUUGCUCUUCAUACACUCAGAAACUUUGGUCUGGGAAAGAAAACCCUGGAGCUGUUUAUCCAGGAGGAGUGUCGAUAUCUCACAGAAGCUUUUGCAGAUCACCAAGACAAGCCUUUUAAUGCCCAAAAACUGAUACACAAUGCUGUGUCCAACAUCAUCUGCUGUUUGGUGUUUGGGCAUCGAUUCGAGUACACUGACAAGCAGUACCAGACUAUUCUCCACAACUUCAAUGAGGUAGAGCGCUUACAGGAAGGCAUAUUAAUCCAGAUUUACAACACAGUACCCUGGCUGAUGCACUGGCUGCCUGGACCUCAUCGGAAGAUAUUCUCUCUGAUAAAAAAGAAUAUUGACUUUGUAGAAAUGAAGAUCAAAGAACACAGAGAAACCCUCAACCCCUCAUCACCAAGAGACUAUAUCGACUCCUUCCUUAUAGCAAUGGGAGAUAAAGAGGACAACGACGCUGGUUUUGAUCUCAAAAAUUUGUGUUACUGCACUCUUGAUCUGUUUGGUGCUGGAACUGAAACUACUACCACUACGUUACGCUGGGGGCUGCUGUACAUGAUCCAUCACCCUGACAUACAGAAGAGAGUCCAGGCUGAGAUAAAUGCUGUGAUUGGUUCAUCCAGACAGCCCUCCAUGACUGACAGAGAAAACUUACCCUAUACUAAUGCAGUCAUCCAUGAAAUACAGAGAUAUGCCAACAUCGUCCCGCUCAAUGUGGGCCGAAUUACAGUCAGGGACACCACACUGGAUAAGUACACAAUCCCAAAGGGCACCAUGAUAAUACCGACGCUGCACUCGGUCCUCAAUGAUGAUUCGAUGUGGGAAACUCCACACUCCUUCAACCCUCAGCAUUUUCUGGACCAGGAUGGGAAAUUUAGGAAGAGAGAGGCCUUCAUUCCAUUUUCUGCAGGUAAGCGGGUGUGUAUUGGGGAACAGCUGGCCAGGAUGGAGUUAUUCCUCUUUUUCACCUCCCUCCUUCAGAGAUUUUCAUUCUCUGCGCCUGCUGGAGAGAAGCCCAGUCUGGAGUAUACCAUGGGAUUCAUUCGUUCACCCAAACCGUACCACCUUUGUGCCACACCACGAUAAACUCACAAUAAAUCACCAUGUGUUCCACUGCAUUUGUCCUCUAAUGCAUUAAGUCUGCUGUUUAUUGUAAUUUGUCUAUGGUAUGAGUAAAAUGUCAUUGGAAAGUAAUUUCAGUCAGCAGACCUUUUCAAUAAACCAUUUUACAUUGUUAAAGUAAUGUACAGUCGUGAACAACGUUUACGUACACUUGUGAAGAACAUGUAUAUGGUGGCAUUCUUGAGAUCAGUCACUCCUAGAAAUCUUCAUUUUUUAGGAUGGAAGUGCUGAAAUGUGUCAUGACAAAACAAUCAUACAUCCGUUGAAUAUCAUUUGAAAAUAUUUUAAGACAGGACACCUUCUCAAAAAAUAGUUACACAUUAUUGAAAUAAUUUACUGUAUUUAAACAUGCAAAAAAAAAUCCUGUGAACCUUCCAGUUCUUAACAAAAUUCACCGGGAACAAUUAUUUCCACGACACAUUCAUUCUGUCAGACUUGCAAAAACAUGAUUUGUGUGUCAAUCAAUAAACUGAGAUGAACUCA